UCUUCAAGAAGCCGAAGAAGAGGAGCGUGCCGUCAGAGAGGAGCUACGCUAACAGGCUAACACGAGGCCCGGGGAGGAUUUGUGAAUCUGGUCCCCUCAGCCCCCUUUCUGGUAACAAAACCCGUUCAACCCGAGCUCCUUCCGCGGUGUCGGUGCAGGCGCUGCCCCCGCCCCAUGCCCUCGGUGUGGAUGGUAGAUAGUUAGCCGGCGGAGCCGAAGAGCUAACCAGCCAGCAGUGCUGUUAAAAGAUGGAGGAUGAGGAGGUUUCCGAGAGCUGGGAAGAGGCAGCGGACAGCGGGGAAAUCGAGAGAAGGCUUGAAGCUAAGCUGAAAAUAAAUCAGGAAGCAAAGAAAUCGAGCUUGGGUUCAGGUUGUUCACUCGUGCGAACUGCUGUGGUAAUCCAGGACGACUCUCUGCCUGCAGCACCCCCACCACAAAUUAGAAUUUUAAAGCGCCCUUCAAAUAACGGUACUGCAGGAAACCCUGCAGCCUCAUCUCGACCCUCCCAGCAGAUGAAGUCUUUGGCCCAGAGGGAGGCAGAGUACGCAGAAGCCAGGAGAAGGAUUUUAGGAAGUGCUUCUUCAGAGGAAACACCUCAGGAAAAUCCCAGCCAUGACAGGCCAGCUCGUAUGAGUACACAGCAACCAUCAGAGCCAGUUGGUCCACACAAUCAUGUGAUCCGCCAGCCCACCGGCCCAGAUGGUACCUCAGGCUUUCGACUGUGCAGAUAAACUGGAUCUGCCUGCUGCAAGAAAAAAAAAAUGUUAUUUCCUUGGCCAUAAAUGGUGGCAGUUAAAGGGGUUGUGGGGUAUGAAGAGCAGAGUUGUGGGAUGAUAGAAAAUCUGACCGACAAAUAUGAAGACGUAGCAUGGAUUGUGACGAACUUCUCAGCCCCCUCUCUACUCUGCUUUCUGCUUUCGCCUUGUCUUUUCCCUCUGUGGAAGGUUGUAAGGGGCUGGCAGAGAUCAACCCAAGACCAGAAACCGCUUCUGUUCCACACUGUGAACAGGUUUUUGCCUCGCACCCUACUACACACUGUGAUGCUUUGGUGUACCAUGAGGUGCCCUAUGAUUUUAAAUCUGAUUGGCCGGCCGUGUGCCAGGGCAACAGGCAUCUGUCUCCUUAGGAGGAUAAAGACCGCUUGUCAGUCUGUAGGAAUCCCCAUGGAGACAUGCAAAUGAACGAGCUGGCCACUCCCCUGAUGGAUUGUGGAUCAGGGCUGGGGUUCCACUGGGAUGCUGGCUCCAGUUUGUUGGCUUCAGCCUAAAUAAAGUGCUGAGAGUUGACUGUGUGUGUUCGGCAACUGGAGUACAAGUCGAUAGAAGGUUGAGUAAAAGUGCUCUGUGCUCAAAAGUGUGUUUUAAUACUGCAUUAGCCCAGACCAGCAUUUUCCACAAUCCACAGGCCUGUUUGACACCAGUGGCUAUGAUAUAAGAAGUGCCCUGUGGGCUCUCAGCCUGUGGCCAAAGAUGAUAGAUCAGAAGGACGAAGUGUCACUAAAUCAAGCUUAUUCAAGCAAUAAUGAAAUAACUCCCUGGGUUUUUUGUUUUUUUUUGUUGUGUGUUUUGUUUUUAUUUGUCUAGUUACUCGUGCUGUGUUUUUGUUUUAAAUAGUUUAUAUUGUUUCUCUCUCUUCACAUGCAUGUGUCUGUGCUUCUAUUUAAUUUACGUUGACCAAUCAUGUACCAGAUUACAAAAAAAUGUAGCCUCCAUAAGCCAUUUCACUGGUUGUUACAUUAAAGUUCAUGAAACUGGGGAGGAAAAAAAGUCAAACCCAUCGCUGUAUUGAACGUCUAAAGAAAUCAUGCAUCAGUGUCCCUGUGUCAGUGUUGCUGCUGUCUCACUGAUUUAAGUUAGGAGGCUUCAGUGUGUUUUUGACCAAUUGUGUGCUAUUAAAAUAAUGGUGGUUAGAUAAAACCAUUACAUGUCUAAGAUGACAUCGAUUUCUGUCAGUUUCAGGCUAAUGUAUGAUGUUUUAAUUUGUCUCUGACAGAAUGAAUUCAGAUUCCACUGCAUAGUUUUACUAAAUGUUUCUGUUUUUUGCCCCUGUCCCACCAGGGUUUUAAGAACAUUGCCUGCUUGAUUGCAACCAAGUGAAAAUAAACUAUUUUUGCAAACUGAAUGAAAUUAGAUCAAAAUGCUGCCAAAACAUUAGCAGUCACAUUUAAAUAAGACGUCUACAAUCCAUGAACCUGCAUCAAGUGAUGAACAUUUAGACGCUUUGCCUUAAAUAAUAAUUAUCACUAGUUACAAUGGGUAGUACUGGUUGAUUUUACUCUUGUGCACAUAUUUUAACUCAUUUGUUAGUUGAAAUUCUUCAUUACCUAAGACGCAGUUUAUUAAAUUGCACUAUUAUUAUUAUUCUUUUUUUUUUUUUUAGACAUACCAAACCAAGCAGUACAGGUCGUGUCUGAGGAGGUUCUCAGUCACAGGUCAUCUUCAGUACACUUGCUUGAGUUGAGUUUGAAGAUGUUUCACCUCUCCUCAUUGUAAAUGUCCAGUGAGAAUAAAAUUAGAGGUUAUUUUCAUUUGGCAGAAACUGAAAAUAAAAAUACAGCAUUUUUUGUAAGUGUACAACAGAGGUCUUAAACAUGUGGUUCUGUAGAUUUAAAGAUUUAUACAUUCAUUUUUCAUCCUAAAGAUAUUUGUUUUUAUUGUGAACUAUAUAUAUAUAUUGUCCCGUUUAAAAAUGAACACUUUUAUUUUUGAAAUUCUGUGAAAUAUAGUCACAAAUUAUACGAUAUGCGAUAUCAUCAUGGAAUAUUCUGAUGUAAUUUGAACUGAACAGUUGUCUUUUUCCCAAAAAAGUUGGACUUCUUUUCACUUAAACAGCCCCUUCCUCCUGACCAGACGAGAGGUUCAGUGGCCCCCCAGGUCGUUUGCGUUUGAGGCCCCUGGUGUAAAACCACCUGAUUGUAUGGAUAGUUUUGUAUUAUCCUAGAAUGAGCCUUUUAUAUCUAUAUCACUACCAUUUUGGACCACGGUGUUUUUAAAAUAGUCAACAAUGGACAAACUAAUGAUGCUAACGAACGGUUACAUAGAUUUUCUAACAUACUUGGAAGGGAACGGCGAGGAGAGGGAUAUUCAGGUGCAACGUGGUACUUGGCCAAUAAAUGUAGCUCUUAAAUGGAACUUUCAAAUGUAUUUCAUUUUUAACAUCUAACUUGACACAGCGUAGAUCAAACUAAAACCUCUUCAUUUUUGCUCCACUUACCCAUUCUGAUAAGCAAACGUCAGAGUUGUUUGUUGUUCCCCAAAACUGUGUUGUAUUUUAAUAUACAGUAUUUUUUUGCUUUACGAUAAUUGUAAAGAGGAGGACAUGGAAGGUUUUUUUAGUAAAAAAUCAACAAUUCAUCAUUUAAGGUUGAUAGUUAACGCAAAUAGCAGUCAUCCUGUAACCUGUGUUUUACCCAUGAUGCUGUUUUCAUUCAGCCAACGGAUGUGUUUGAUGUCAUAAUUCAUUUCAAACUUGGAAAAAUGACAUGUGAAAACCCUUUAAUAAACAUUCUUCAAAUGACGAA